AUGCUGCGCGAUGGCAGGCUCGGCGUGAAUGCCCCGACGCUGUAUCCCAACCAGGAGGAGCUUUGCAUCCAGGGCAUCCGCUUCCGCACCUUCGAUCUCGGUGGUCACGAGACAGCACGCAGGAUCUGGAAGGACUACCUCGCGGCCGUCGACGGGAUAAUCUUCCUGGUCGAUGCUGCAGACAGAACUCGUUUCGCUGAGGCUUCCGAAGAGAUUGGACGCCUGCUCGAGGACGUGUUGCCGUCGAAUUUGACAGUGCUGAGCUGGUGCCGCAUGUUGGGCAUAGGCAACAAGAUCGACAUUCCUGUCGCAGCUUCCGAAGAUGAGUUGCGCCAUGCUUUGGGGCUCUACACGCACAUGACGUCAG